CCCCUGGCCUUCCCUCAACUAUGGAGGAUAUCCCUGGAUCAGGAAGAACCCGGAGGGGAAGGGGGAAAAAAUCAAAACAAAACAGAAACUGGCCCGUGAUACUGAAAGGACACAGUUGACAACAGCCUAGCUCUGCAUUCUUGACUGCAUCCACGCGGUCAUUCCCUCACUAUUUCCAGAUAGAUGGACCUGGGCCCUGCCACUAGAGGUGACCUUAGGUAGCCAUACAGCCGCUUCCAGACCGUUUCUUUGCCUGUGAAACAGGUCUGACACGCCGAUUCUCUCUCACGAUUCUCCAGCCUUAGGAGCCAUUCGCGCGGCCGGUCGAGACAGAGCGGUGAGCAGUCUGCUUUGCCGGAUCCUCGCAGGGUCUCUCUCUCUGUGGCUCGGUGGAGUGACUCACCGGUGACUGGGGUGGUCUCUGACACUUUGGCAGCCUUCCCUGGACGUGGACUUCCAGUCUCUUGACAGUCCUGCAACAGUGAGAGGAUGGCAGCUACAGGAACUGAAGCAAAGGACCUGGAAAAUCAUCACAAUGACUGCUUCGUUCAAGUUUCAAAUCCAAACAUAGCAACAAUGAAGGAAGAUGUUCUCUACCACUUCAACCUCAGCACUAGCACACAUGAUUUCCCUGCUAUGUUUGGAGAUGUGAAGUUUGUGUGUGUUGGUGGAAGCCCUUCCAGGAUGAGCACCUUCAUCAAGUAUGUGGCUGCUGAGCUGGGCCUUGACCAUCCAGGGAAAGAAUAUCCCAACAUCUGUGCAGGCACUGAUCGCUACGCCAUGUAUAAAGUGGGACCUGUGCUGUCUGUGAGCCAUGGCAUGGGCAUUCCUUCCAUCGGCAUCAUGUUGCACGAGCUCAUCAAGAUGCUGUACCAUGCCCGGUGCUCCAACAUCACCAUCAUCCGCAUUGGCACUUCUGGUGGAAUAGGUCUGGAGCCUGGCUCUGUGGUCAUCACCCAGCAGGCCGUGGACGAGUGCUUCAAGCCAGAGUUCGAGCAGAUUGUCCUGGGAAAGCGGGUGGUUCGCAGCACCAACCUGGACGUGAAGCUGGUACAGGAGCUGAUGCAGUGCUCCUCAGACCUGAAUGAGUUCCCCACUGUUGUGGGCAACACCAUGUGCACCUUGGACUUCUAUGAGGGACAAGGCCGUCUGGAUGGUGCCCUAUGCUCCUACACAGAGAAGGACAAACAGGCCUAUCUGCAAGCAGCCCAUGCCGCAGGUGUUCGAAAUAUUGAGAUGGAAUCGUCAUUGUUUGCCACCAUGUGCAGUGCCUGUGGCCUAAGAGCGGCUGUGGUGUGUGUCACCCUUCUGGACAGACUGCAAGGGGACCAGAUCAACACCCCCCAUGAUGUGCUGGUGGAAUACCAGCAGAGACCUCAGCGGCUGGUGGGCCACUUCAUCAAGAAAAGCCUGGGGAAAGCCUGA